GAUAACUCUAUUUUACCUCCUGGAUUCGGUAUGAGCAUCAUGAAGGGUCUCACCAACAUUACUCGGAUGGUGAAAUCGAGAACACUGCCAGCCUGUCUCAAACAAACUCUGUAUCAGUACAGAAGCUCAUGCUCAACAAAACAUGGUGUUGUCAGCUCUCGGUUAGUGAAAAAUACACGUGGCCUCACAUCAGCAGGAAGAACUGACAUUAUCCAACUACAACCAUAUCACAUACAACAGGCAGAGAUGUCUCUGUAUCAGUGUGUUCCCUCUCGGCAUAUAGCAACCACGUCCGUGUGUUGGAGUCGAGGUAGUAUUGGAGUUGGUGGUGGACAGAGUGAUGAGGAUACACAGGGGACACACUCCAAGGAACAGGGAGCCACAGAUGCAGCUUGGGCCAUCCGGUUAGCAAAUGAAAAUGGUUACCUGUCCUGGUGCAGGAAUACCUACCUAGCAAGUGCUGUGGCCUGUGGGAUGCAAGCUGAGGGGACAUUAGAAGUCUCACAACUAGCUGCACAGGGUGUGUUUCUUCUGGCUGGUAUCAACAUGACCUGGGGCACCAUCAACUUCAUCAUCUACAUCCUGAAGCUACGACAGCGAAUGGGGAUGUCCCUCCUGGCAUCACUCAUCAACAUCACUGGUGCCACCUUCCAUCUCCUGGUCUGGUUGGCACUGGUCACCAUGUAUCUUGGACUCGCAGAGGAACCCCCAGAGACACCUGAUGGGGAAGAAGUCUGAUACUGACCCGCACUUUCAGUGGGAUACUUUUAACUAAGAAAGAAUGCCAGUGCUUGGAGACCCCGAAGUAGAUGAACUAAUCUCCAUAGUAUGUGAUGUCACUAAAACCAGAGCUUUCACGCCAACAUGAUACCUAUCUGUGUCAAGAUAUGACAUCACCUCCACAGAAGGAGGAGUCAGGUGAACUCUGAGUAUACUUUGACUGCCCAGUUUAAGUGAAGGAUGUGUUGGUCUGGAGCUAAUCAAAUAUCAGGUUUCUAAAAUGAUUCAGCUUCAUAUCUUAGCAAAAUGUUUCAUCACAGAAUACCAAUAUACCCUUGAAAGUACACCCUCUUGGAUGUCUUGCUGAUAAUGCAUCAUCACAAUCCAAGAAACUUACAUAUUGUGAAAUGUGUGAGAUGAAGCGAGAUUAUGUUUGUUAAGUUCUUGUUCUAACUACAGAGUUUAUUAGGUAGUUCGUGUUAGUUGGUGUGAAUUCUCAGAAUCACUGAGAUCGACAAAAUGAUGAGUGAAUGAGUAAGUUUAGUUUUACUCCGCUUUUAGCAAUAUUCCAGCAAUAUCAGUGUCUUAUGACAGCAGGGCACACCAAAAAUGGGCUUCACACAUUGUACCCUUAUGGGGAAUCAAACCAGGUUUUCAGUGUGAUGAGCUAACACUUUAACCACUAGGCUACCCCACCGACCCCUGUUGUCUGAUGGCAAGGUC